UCCGAGGCGGUGACAAUGGGAGCGGCGCGGGCGGCGCCGGGAGGCAGCUGACAGGCGUCGCUGACUUCGCUGCAUGGCGGCUCUCUCCUCCAGCCUGGGCUCUGCGAGGACUGGGAGAGCCCAGGACUGCCCGAAGCCGGAGCUGACCGUGCCGAGCGGGGAUCUGUGCGCCGCGCCGCGGAGGCGCAGCAUGUGAAGCGGAGACGGAGUCGCGCGCGCGGCGAUCCUCUCUGACGGCCGGGAUGGCUACGACGGCCGAGCUCUUCGAGGAGCCUUUUGUGGCUGACGAGUAUAUUGAACGUCUUGUAUGGAGAACCCCAGGAGGAGGUUCUAGAGGUGGACCGGAAGCUUUUGAUCCUAAAAGAUUAUUAGAAGAAUUUGUAAAUCAUAUUCAAGAACUCCAGAUAAUGGAUGAAAGGAUUCAGAGGAAAGUAGAGAAAUUAGAACAACAAUGUCAGAAGGAAGCCAAGGAAUUUGCCAAGAAGGUACAAGAGCUCCAGAAAAGCAACCAGGUUGCCUUUCAACAUUUCCAAGAACUAGAUGAACACAUUAGCUAUGUAGCAACCAAAGUCUGUCACCUCGGAGACCAGUUGGAGGGGGUAAACACACCUAGACAACGGGCAGUGGAGGCUCAGAAAUUGAUGAAAUACUUUAAUGAAUUUCUAGAUGGAGAAUUGAAAUCUGACGUUUUCACAAAUUCUGAAAAGAUAAAGGAAGCAGCAGACAUCAUUCAGAAGUUGCAUUUAAUUGCACAGGAGUUACCUUUUGACAGAUUUUCAGAAGUGAAAUCCAAAAUUGCAAGCAAAUAUCAUGAUUUAGAAUGCCAACUGAUUCAGGAGUUUACAAGUGCGCAAAGAAGAGGUGAAAUCUCCAGAAUGAGGGAAGUAGCUGCAGUUUUACUUCAUUUUAAGGGCUAUUCCCAUUGUGUUGAUGUUUAUAUAAAGCAGUGCCAGGAGGGUGCUUAUUUGAGAAAUGAUAUAUUUGAAGAUGCAGCAAUACUCUGUCAACGUGUGAAUAAGCAAGUUGGAGAUAUCUUCAGUAAUCCAGAAACAGUACUUGCUAAACUUAUUCAGAAUGUAUUUGAAAUUAAACUACAGAGUUUUGUAAAAGAUCAGUUAGAAGAAUGUAGGAAGUCGGAUGCAGAGCAGUAUCUGAAAAAUCUCUAUGAUCUAUAUACAAGAACCACCAAUCUUUCCAGCAAGUUGAUGGAGUUUAACUUAGGUACUGAUAAACAGACUUUCUUGUCUAAGCUUAUCAAAUCCAUUUUCAUUUCCUAUUUGGAGAACUAUAUUGAGGUGGAGACUGGUUAUUUGAAAAGCAGAAGUGCUAUGAUCCUACAGCGUUAUUACGAUUCAAAAAACCACCAAAAAAGAGCCAUUGGCACAGGAGGUAUUCAAGAUUUGAAAGAGAGAAUUAGACAACGCACCAAUUUACCACUGGGGCCAAGUAUUGAUACCCAUGGAGAAACUUUCUUGUCUCAAGAAGUGGUGGUUAAUCUUUUACAAGAAACCAAACAAGCCUUUGAAAGAUGUCAUAGGCUUUCGGAUCCUUCUGAUUUACCAAGGAAUGCCUUUAGAAUUUUUACUAUUCUUGUGGAAUUUUUGUGUAUUGAGCAUAUUGAUUAUGCUUUGGAAACAGGACUUGCUGGAAUUCCUUCUUCAGAUUCUAAGAAUGCAAAUCUCUAUUUUUUGGAUGUUGUGCAACAGGCCAAUACUAUUUUUCACCUUUUCGACAAACAGUUUAAUGAUCACCUUAUGCCACUAAUAAGCUCCUCUCCUAAAUUAUCUGAAUGCCUUCAGAAGAAAAAAGAAAUAAUUGAGCAGAUGGAGAUGAAAUUGGAUACUGGCAUUGACAGGACACUAAAUUGUAUGAUUGGUCAGAUGAAGCAUAUUUUGGCUGCAGAACAGAAGAAAACAGAUUUUAAGCCAGAAGAUGAAAAUAAUGUUUUGAUUCAGUAUACUAAUGCCUGUGUGAAAGUCUGUGCUUAUGUAAGAAAACAAGUUGAGAAGAUUAAAAAUUCCAUGGAUGGAAAAAAUGUAGAUACAGUUUUGAUGGAACUUGGAGUACGCUUUCAUCGACUUAUUUAUGAGCAUCUUCAACAAUAUUCCUACAGUUGUAUGGGUGGCAUGUUAGCAAUUUGUGAUGUUGCUGAAUAUAGGAAGUGUGCCAAAGACUUCAAGAUUCCAAUGGUAUUACAUCUUUUUGAUACUCUGCAUGCACUUUGCAAUCUUCUGGUAGUGGCUCCUGAUAAUUUAAAGCAGGUCUGCUCAGGAGAACAACUUGCUAAUCUGGACAAGAACAUACUUCACUCCUUUGUACAACUUCGUGCUGACUAUAGAUCUGCUCGCCUUGCUCGACAUUUCAGCUGAGGUUGAAUUUACAAUGGAAAUGUGUUUUAUUUCAUCAAGCCUUGGUUGAUGGAAAGCACAGGAGAUUCCUUAUGACACAGCCAACAUUUAAUUGGAAGGAAAAUGACUGGAAGAAAACAGCAGCCAUAGUUAAUCCUUGAGGUCUUAUUUGAAAUUUGGACACUAGCUAUAUUUUUCUCCCGGUUACUUGAAUUUAUUAAUUUCAAAUUUGGCAAAACCACGUGUCACUGUUUUUAUCCUGGAAAAUGUUGGUGUGAGAAGGGAAAUGAAAAUUUACCAGUGCUCUAGUUCUUGUCUUUCACAUAGUCCAUCUGAAGGGGUAUGCAUUAAUAAUGGGUGAAACACAGCAAAACCACAUUUAUUAUCCAUCAGUUUUUAUUGACCUUUCCAGCACUGGUAGUUAUUAAUCAAAAUAUUUUUAAGAUUUCUUGAAUCUUUUGCUUUUUUUCAAAAAGUUAGCAGUUGAACAUCAUUUCUGUAGUUUACUGAUUGGAAGUUUUUCUGAGAAACAGCAGUGCUAAUGUUAUAAAUUAAAGUAAAAUGGUAAAUGUUUUAUAUAGACACUAGAAAGUGGAUCAGAACAUACCUGCCUUCUGGGUAAAAUUUAAAGUUUACUAUUUCUUAUUUGGUAAAUAGGUUUUAAGCCAGUUCUAGCAAGAAACUAAUGAAACUACCUUAUUUUAUAUAUCACAAAGAUAUGUUGGAGAACUUUACCUAAAGGACCAUAUUUAUUCAUUUUUUAAUAGCAUAGGAAAGUUAAAAAGUGAGAUACAGUCUAAAAGGUGCAUAUGAGAAAUAAUUGACAAUGUUUAGCAUCAGUGCAGUCCUUUUAAAUUUCUAUCGUUGCUAAACUUGAAUAAGAUUGGAGGGCUAAACAUGUAGGUAAUCUUCUAUUUUAAGAGGAAUUGAUACAUAUUCUAUAUUUGGAGACAAGCUUUGCAAAGACUGAUUGCUUCUCCAAUGCAUAAAUUCUUUUUUUCAGAGUGUUUUAAAAGUUUCUUCUUGGAUAUGGUUAAUUGAAUUGGCUUAAUAUGGUGAUAUAGUCACUUACACAUGAUAAACAUUAAUAAAAGUUUAGACAGGCCAUUACUCUAUAAACAUUAUGAACUUGCUCUGUGAAAAUGCAUUUUAAAUUAUAUGUUGUGUAUCAGUUUCCAUUGUGUUGUUCAUAGUCCUCUACGAACCAGAACAAUUUUAAUGUUCAAUUUGUUCUCAGCACUUUUUCCUUUAAUGUAGGCUUUGGGGCUUAAAUUUGGAAAACCACUUUUCCUCUGAGAACCUGAUUCUGAAUAGUUAUUAACUUUUCCAAACUUUCUGAGUCCAAAACUAACAACCAUUUAAGUUACUAUUGAUCGAAUUUUCUUCAUUUUCUGUUUAGCCCAGUGUUACCAAGGCAAAGCAAGGGAGAUGAACUAUGCCAACUUUUGUCAACACAUUUUAGGACAUUGUGGCAGCUUUAGAAGGCUUUCCAGAUUUAUAUUCUGCAGCCAAGGGAGAGCCAGAACAGGUUUUGGAUACUAGAAAAAGUCAUGCUUGUUCUAUUGCCAUUUUAGAGAGCUCUGAUGUGAAUUCAAAUUAUACCUCUGUUACUUAAAGCCAACAAUUUAAGGCAGUAGUUUUACUGGCCAUUUGAACUCUUUGUACAGUGUCAAUUUGUAAAAAAAAAAAAAAAAGAAAAAGAAAAAAGAAAAAAAAUCUCAGAUGAAAUAUGAGAUAUAACAUUUUAAGACUUCUAAGCCAGAGAAGCACUUCAGAUUAUUUUGUUUGGAUUAAUUUUUAAAAUGUAAAGCAUAUAUUUGUUGCUUAGAUAUUUUGUUAAUUAUUAUUUCCAUGCUUGAGUUUUGUGCAAUAUUUUCCAUUAUGUCCAUUUAUAGGACAAUGACAAAUUCAUAAGUGAUUACCUAAUUUAGAAGUGUUAACAUUAAUGCUCAAUAAACAAAUUCCCUUCAA